AUGGAUCCGAACACAAAAACUAUUCUUUUUUACGCGUUGGUUUUCCUAUAUUUAAUUUUCCCUAAUAUUUCCCUCGCUGACACAAUAACCCCAUUAAAGAAUGAAGUUGACGAUGAAACACGAUUUACGUACGAGCAAAAUCCAGAUAAAGGACCAGAGGGAUGGAGCAAUGUAAAUCCUCACUGGAAAGUUUGUAGCACCGGAAAAUUUCAAUCUCCGAUCGAUCUCACUAACCAAAGAGUUAGUCUUCUUCAUGAUCAAGCAUGGAAAAUAGAAUACAAACCAGCCCCAGCUGUAAUUUUAAACAGAGGACAUGACAUUAUGGUAUCGUGGAAAGGAGAUGCUGGGAAAAUAACGAUACGUGACACGGAGUUUAAAUUGGUGCAGUGUCAUUGGCAUUCACCGUCUGAGCAUACCAUUAACGGAACUCGUUAUGACAUGGAGCUACACAUGGUUCACACGAGUGCUCAGGGUAAAACCGCAGUGAUUGGAGUUCUUUAUAGAUUAGGCGAACCUAAUGAAUUCCUCACCAAGCUACUAAAUGGAAUAAAGACAGUGGAGAAAGAAGAGAAGAAUCUAGGGAUCGUGGAUCCAAGAACUAUUAGAGUUGAAAACGAAAAAUUCUAUAGAUAUAUUGGCUCUCUCACUGUUCCUCCAUGCACUGAAGGUGUUAUUUGGACCGUCGUCGAAAGGGUAAACACAAUAUCAAAGGAGCAAAUUGCAGCUCUGAGGAACGCCGUUGAUGAUGGGUAUGAGACAAAUUCAAGACCGGUUCAAGACUUACAUGGAAGAUUGGUUUGGUUCUACGAUCCAAAUGUUUGA